AUGGCCGCAUGCCUUGUGAGCCUUGUCAAGACUUCGACCGACGGGCAACGAACGGCAGGAGCACCUCGAACCAAGAUUCUCGAAGAUCGACUACGACGCGCCAAAGCCUUGCUCUAUAAGAUACAAGCUCAAAACCCUUCAGCGCAGCACAAUGUCGAGAUCAGUAGUAUCUUCGAGUCUCCGCCUGGAUCACCAUCAUCCGUAUCGGAUACACCGGGUUUGGCGGAUGACAAUCCCGGAGAUCACCUCGAGAACAUGCUGGACGGUCGAGGUCGAUUGACUGCCAACAAAAAAUCCACCGAAUAUUAUGGAGGUGGCUCAGGAUUUGCCUUUCUUCAACGUACUCAGGAGCUCUUCAACCCCGAAGCCGCAUUACAUGGACACCCAAGGACCGGUAACAUUGGUUCGGACGUUAUCUCCAGGUUGUUUGACUCUCCACUUCCAGACAAGCAAGCUCUUGCUACGGACGUCCCUUUCUCUCAACUGCUGCCUUCGAGACAAACAGCUACAGGCUUGCUGAACAUAGUGUUCGGCCAGACAUAUCACUUGUUGCACUUCCUCCACGAGCCUGCCUUCCAGAAACAAACGGAACGUAUCUACGACUUGGAUCCUAUCGAAUUUUCAGAUUCAGACCAUGACUUUCUGCCUUUGUUCUAUGCUGUUACUGCCCUGGGGUAUCUAUUCAACGGACAACUCCACCGUAGUUAUGGCUGUAAAGGGGCGGUCAACCAAGCGAUGCGCCAUUUCAUUGCCGCACGCAGAAUGGUAAAUCUUGAUCAUUGUACAGACAUUCUAAGCUUACAAACUAUCCUUUGCUUCAUUCUUUUUCUAAUGUCCACGGCUCGCCUCGCAUCUGCCCAUACUUAUAUCGGACUGGCUGUGGCAGCCUCUAUGAGGAUGGGACUUCAUACGCAGGCGUGUUCGACCCUUGAGCAUCUCACGGAGUUGGAAAAGGAUAUUAGACGUCGAGUGUUUUGGACCAUCGUCAAACUUGACAUCUACAGUGGCACCGUCCUCGGACUGCCGGGGAUGAUUAAUUUAGACUAUGUUGACCAGAUAAAGCCUAGCGGUCAUAUCAAAGAUUAUGCGGACGAACAUCACGGCGGCUUCGUUUCCCUCAAAACGAAGCGUUUACUUGCAGCUUCUGCUCAAUAUUUCGAAGUCUUAGGGAUUACAAGCAAAGUCAGUCAGAAACUCUACCCCAAAACAAACGAAGAAGCCCAUCGAGGGAACGAGUCAAAAAUAUAUGUCAGUAACGCAAUAAUUUUGGAAAUCGAAGAAGAUUUCAAACAAUGGCGUGAAGGACUGCCAGAUGCCCUUGGCUCGGAUGACGAGACCGAAUCUAUGAGCAGUGUGCUAUACGAACUCGAAAUGGUUCACAACUUUGGACAUAUUCUACUCUACAGGCCAUUCUUACAUUAUCUGGCGAGAACACGGGAAGAUCAACCUCCGGAUCCGCGCUUGAUACGCUGUGCGACUGCGUGUGUCAAGAUUUCGAGAACGACCAUCUCACGGUCUGCUGGGAUGCUCAAGAAUGGAUUUCUAGCUCCUGCAGCAUGGCAAUCUGUGUACACAAUUUUUUUAUCGCUGGUAACGCUUGUUUUCUAUCUUGCCACUCAACAUGGAAACCCUGAGUGCAAUGCCAUUCAGCGGGAAGCGGAGGAGGGAAUCCGAAUUUUGGCCAGGACUUCGUGCCAGGACAUUGGAUCAAAGAGGUGCUUGGAUGUAUUGAGGGUCCUGAUUCGCAGAUUGUCACACAUUGUUGAUCUGGAUGUGGAUGAUGUAUGCACUUCAGUUGUACCACUCUGUAACAAUCCCAAUGACGAUGAUGAUGAGGCCCUUCCAGAACAAAGUGAAUCUAUGAACCCUGCGCGAGCCGAGGUUUCCUCCUCAGAUACUUCAGCAAGCAGAGUUGGAAGACUCAUGAUUCUCCCAUCACAUCCACCACAGAAUGUCCAGCCUCCCCCAACAUAUCGUUCUCGAUCAACACCGGUAGCCGUACACGGUGUUAAUGUACCGGGUUAUCAGCAAAUGCACUACCCAGCGACCACUCCAAUGUGGGAUUCGUCAGGAAGGACUCCGUUAGCUGGUCAAACCCAAUACUUCACUUCCCAUUCUUUACCUUAUAGCAUGUCGCCACCACCUCCGCCUACCAGGUCCGAUGGCACAGAGCAGUAUGGCUCUGCGCAGAUGGAAGUGCCUUAUACCCAAGGUUUUGCCUGGCCAUUCUCACUACAAGGUGAUAACACCGGUGCUAGUCAUCCCUCAGGCAGAGAGUCACAUCCCGGCCAGAUGAAUACGUUGACAGAGCAGGAUAUUGCUGCAUUCAUGCGGAUCAACCCUGGGGAAGAGCCUUUUCUGUAAGCAGAGCCUACCGCGUUCGACCACAAGUCGACUGCCUGUCAUUGUCAGGAACGAGUGGAGUCGCGAGCCCCCCUGCCCCUCGUGAUCGACAUCUACAGCAUGACCUAGCUUUCACGCCAUCAGUCGAGGUACCGAUGGGAUCUGUCCUAUACCAGACAAUGCAGAUGAGCCC